AAACCAGUGAAACCGGAAAUGUCAACCGAGUGACUGCGAAGUAGACUGUAUUAUAUCUCCACUUUAUUAUUCAGGAUGGAUUGCUAAUUUAAAGGAAGAAACAGUCAUAUAGCAUCGUCAAAUAGCAACCUGCGAAUAUGACAAAUGUGUACUCGUUCGAUGGCAUCCUGGUGUUUGGGCUGCUGUUCAUCUGCACUUGUGCAUACCUCAAAAAGGUGCCUCGACUCAACAACUGGCUACUGUCAGAGAAGAAAGGAGUGUGGGGCGUUUUCUACAAAGCUGCAAUAAUUGGGACGCGGCUCCACAUUGCUGUGGCGGUUUCCUGUCUGGCUAUGGCUUUCUAUAUCGUCUUCUUGAAAUGAUAGUCAGACUGGACUGGAAAGGACUGGACGGGUGCAGGGUGGGGACGGACUCAUCUCAGUGGUCAUGUACUAAUCCUUGUUGCGGGACACUUCUAGGAUUAAGUGACCGAUGAAACCCCAUUGCCCUGUGGACCCAUGUGAGAAAUACCCAGUGGUGCCCCCUUCUGGUGACUGGGUACAUAACUGCUCCCUUAAUAAUGUGUGUGCACUACAGACAAGAAGGGCAUCCUGAAUCUACUCCACAGUUAUUACAGAGGAGAGAGGCUGUUUGGUUACAUGGUAUCAUUCUGUAGUUGGCUAAUGCUGUUUAUUGUCUCCAUCCACACCCCAUGAUUAUUUAUAAUGAAGGAUGCAGGAUCGAAUGGCAGCGUGUGCAUUAUACCUUGUACCUGUACACAACCUAAAGUUAGCCUAGCUGUAUAUAUUUGGAAAAAAUAUGACCAAUAGAAAUUUGCCAGAGGUUAUGUCUGAUCAAACUGAAAAUGGAUCAAUACUGCUUGCUCCCAGCUAUGCUAUUUUUUCUGUAUCACUUCUUCUGUCAAAGGUGGAGGGAAAGAUAAACAAAGCUAAUAUAUGAAGAUGUUCUUGUAUACACUAUACAUUACUUUUUUGGAUCUCUUAACUUUUCUUAACAGUGCUGUUUGGCAUCUCCCACAUUUUCUUUAGGUUUGAAAUACACAUUUUAUACAGAUAUGUAUGUUGUAUUUACUUUGACAUCUAAUACUAGAUAACAUGUUUUGAAUGAAUGUCAUAAAUAGUUACAAACUUGGAAUUUAAGUCCCCAGGGAGUCAAAGUUCGAUUGCAAUUGUAAAGUGUCACAGAGAGAAGAGUAAUAACUUUAAAAGAGACAUAUAUCAACAUGUUGUGAAAAUUGGAUGGCUAUAUCAGACUUGACUGAAGAUUUAAAUGCAAUGCCAAAUAGGGAUGGUGCUUCUUAUGGCAUCUAAAUUGCAUACUGUUACUCUGCGUUUAAUUCUGCCACCUUAUUUUUUAUUACUAAAAUAAUUAAGUUGUUUUGGGAGGGAAUGCGAUGCAAUUUUGAGUAAAACCUUGAUCAGACAAUUUCUGUGUUUGUUGUCUUUAUAAAACAAAUGUUAGGUUUCAAGUGACAUAUAGUGCCUAUGCAAUGUAUAGUCCCUAUAAUGUUUUUCAUCUUCUAUUGGUUUACAACCUUGAAUCACAGUGGAUGGAAUUUUGAAUCAGCAGAGGACACACAAAAAAGUAUAAACAUCCUCCAAAUCAAUCCAAAGUACAAAUCUGAAAUAAUUGCAUUGAGCCUAUGGUAUUUUGGUAGGUCUUUAUCAGCUUUGAAGAUCUGGACAGUGCAAUUUUGCUUAAAUUCUUCUAUGCUUGAGGUCUGGACUCAGAUUUUGGUUGGUCCUAGUCUCUUUUCAAAAGCCAUCUAUAUGCAGCUUUGACUUCAUAUUUGGUGUUGUUAUCUAGCUUUAAAAUAAAGCAUCUCUCAACAGCUCA